GGUAUCGCCGCGGACGAGCUCGUGUCGUACCUGGCAGCCCGUCCACACCCCUCCAUUGCGUCUCGUACGCCUGUCGUACCCGAGGUUGUUUCGGAUCAGAUUCGGUUGUGGGAGGCCUCCAUGAACAGACUCAGGGCCGACAGUGUCGUACUGUACGAGAACUUGGCUAGUCGGGAGCUGUUCGAGCGGGCACUGGCCUUCUCCCGGUCCUCGGGCACGUUGCUGUGGGAGGACAGCGGCCAGAUGCGGUUUGUGGCGCUGGAUGCAGGU